AUGACCACAUAUUCAACGCCUGUAAUAUUAUACAUUGUUCUAGAAUCAAUAAGUGCAUUAGCAUUAAUACUAUUAAUGACGCAAAUAGUAAAAUCAAAAGGAUACUUUACAAAAUGGACACUUUUUCAAUUAUGCGUAUCCUCAUUUUUCAAUCAGCUACCAAAUAUUUUUCCUAUAACAUUAUAUGGUGAUCAACUAAGAGAGCGCGCAUUUGAAACCCCACUGUGCAUAAUCGUGCAAAAAGUCGGACAAUUCUUCUUUUUCCCGUUACAGUUGUUUGCCACAGUGAUGACUUUUUUUAUUUGUUAUGCACUUAUGCGAAAUGAUUCGACGAUCGAGCAGAGACAUUUUCGGUGGAUUUCAAUUGCUAUUUGGGGACUGAGUAGUAUCUAUCAAGCGGUGAGAGUGGGAUUGGCAAGUAGGGUGGAUAAUUGGGACGUAGAUGUUCAUCGGUUGUAUUGUAAAUCGGUUUCUUCUAAGCAGAAUUGGUUGGCGUUUUUUGUGCCGACGAUGGUGAUGACUUUUUUUGCCACAAUUUUUGCUCUAGUCAAACACACGAGAAGAUUUGCACGAAAACAAAGUCGAGGAAGGGCGAUAAGAUUAGGACAAGCUGUUAGGUUUUGUGUUUGUAGUCUUGUUUAUGUCUCGCUCCUUUUGGUCGCGUCUGUCCCAAGAGUAUUGAAGCGUGCCGACAAUAUUCCGGAUAAUGAAAAACUCACAAUUGCUGAAUAUUCCGGGAGCAUUAUUGGAAUAUCCCUCCUUUUAAUAUUUGGAACACAUCGUUCGGCGGCUCUGCUCCUUCCGUGCUUCUAUUACGAACCAACCGAUUCACUUUUAAUAAAAAAUACGGUUAAAUUACAGAACACACAAAAAAAAGAAACCAACAAUAACCACCACCAAAGUACUAAGAAUAUUGAAAACACAAUUUACACAACGCUCAAGAGACCUUUACACAGCGUCAUCAGAGAACAUCCAAAAGACAAAAGCACGAAAACAUCAAUACUCGACAACAAACUCUCCAGUACUAGUAAUAUAAUUACGCCAAACUCAUCACCGAGAUCAAUCUUAAGUGAGAUGACGAAUACGUCACUGAUGUAUGAGUUCGGUGUUGCUGACCAGUGGCACGUGCCUAGAAGUGAGGAUUCUAUCAUUGAAGUAGAUUAUAGCGGGGGAGUUUAG